AUGCAUUUCUUAGCAAUUCUGUCUGCCAGUGCCGCGUUUCUCAGCACCGCCUUCGCUGCUCCUGCUAAGGGAGGUACCGCUAAGGCUCCUGCGGUCGCCUGCCACAGCAUCAGUCACCGUGUAUCCGUCCCUCCCACUAGCGAUGGCACAGGGAAAACUUGGGAAAUCGCCCAGGCCCAGUGCGUUAUUGCCAAUAUUCCUGUCAAUGGUGCAGUGACUGCACGUCUGACGGCUCCUGCCAAGUCCGGUGUUGCAGGCUGCUAUCUUCAACUGUUCAAAGAGCAGGGCUGCGGAGUUACUCUCACAAAUCAGUACCAUGGAUUCCCAUUCAAACGGCGUAUCUACUGGUAA